GACACCAAAUCGGUAUUCAUCAAUCAAACUUCCAAUUGAUGAUAUUUAAUGGACGUUGAACGCUUUUCUUCCAUUCUUCCAUUUCAUCCGAAUUAAUCAAUAAAACCCCAUGUAGACUUUCGUCUGAUCCACUCCAUAGGACCACAGCUCAAUAUCUACUCUGUGGUCAUGAUUUUCAGGUGAUUAUUGUAUAACAUGCACCCUCCCGAAUUAUGUCGUCUUUUCUCUGUUUACCCCCCUGGAGGGUUCACCACUUUCUGCAAAUCUCAUGCAGCUACGGUCGGGACUAGGCCCAAAAGCUGUGUCCUGCAAGCCAUGCAGAGGUAUCACAGGAUGAUGAUUGGGGAUGAAGUUUCACAACUGAAGCCACAAGCUCACGAGAGCCCUUGAUUAGAUAUAAAGAAGCCGUGGUACCUGCAUUCAUUAUUUCAAUAUUCUCAUGGAAAUAUCUAAUCCUUAUGAACCUCAUCGAGCUGCUGAAAUUCAUGCCAAGAGAAUUCACCGGGAAGAAUAAUAUCAUUUCCGGAAGCGUUGAUUCACAAGGUAUUCCGAUCUAUCACAAAGAGGCGUUCCCCAAUCAUUAUUACUCAAAUGCCAUUAUCCGUUGAUUAGUUCGCGAACCAGACUGAGCCUAUCAUUGUGUUCCCAUUAUCUCCCUUGCCGAAUUAUGCAGUCCUACGCGGUAGUGUAGACUGCCACCCCUCUUGAUCUCCAGUUCCAAAGGGUCAAGGACUACUUUAUACAAGCAAGAUUGAACUCACAAAGUCCUGAUCAUUUUGGUCAUGGGGGGCGGGAAAAAUUAAAUGAGUUGCAAAUUGAAGUUUACAUUCCGAUCCAUUAUCUUUGACUGUCAAAAAGUUCCUUCUUCUGUUCAGAUGCUUCCGCUGUCAUAUCAGAAGUUUGUUCCGAAAAGCACUCAAGCUUUUUACCGUUACUGUAUAACUUCUAAGAGUCUCCCACGUUCUGAUCGUGUGCUUCAAACUUGGCAAAAAACAGCGUCGCUGUCUACGAAUCAUGCUAUCUAUCAAAGAGUAUAUCAACAAUCUCAAUACGAGAGCUUCCAAAUCAACAUUUGGCAGAGUUUUUCGUCUUGAUGGCUGUGGCCAUGAACAGCAAAAGAAAAAUGCUAAAUUUAUCACGGAAGUCAGAGCUGGGGUCACGACCUUCUUUACAAUGGCAUAUAUAAUUGCUGUCAAUUCAACAGUCUUAUCACAGAGUGGUGGUACUUGUGUCUGUCAUGAUACUGAAGACCCGUCAUGCGCAACGGAUUCUGCCUACGCCGCUUGUGUUCUUGAUAUCAAUCGUGAUCUUAUUACAGCCACUGCUGCAGUAGCAGGAAUAGGGUCUCUAGCAUUUGGCUUCUUCACCAAUCUACCUGUCGCCUUGGCCCCCGGCAUGGGUCUCAACGCAUAUUUUACUUAUCAAGUUGUUGGUUUUCAUGGAACUGGCACUGUUCCUUAUCGUUUAGCUCUCACGGCCGUCUUUGUGGAAGGAUUUAUUUUCGUUUUCUUGUCCUUGAUUGGCAUGCGGCAAUGGCUUGUCAAGGUAAUACCUGCUUCGAUAAAGGUCGCAAGUGGUGUCGGAAUUGGUCUUUUUUUGACUGAAACUGGAAUGUCAUAUUCCGCUGGAAUCGGUGCAAUGACUGGCUCAGCAGUGACUCCAACCGCUUUGGGAGGAUGUCCUCCUCAAUACCUCGACGUUACUGGAGCCUGUACUAGUCAUCAGAUGACCAACCCUACGAUGUGGAUCGGAAUCAUCUUUGGGGGUUUUUUAACUGCGUACCUAAUGGCAUUCAGGUUUAAAUCUGCGAUAAUAAUUGGCAUUGCAAUUGUUUCUAUUUUUUCAUGGCCACGCGGUACAACCUUUACGUAUUUUCCUUACACGCCUGAUGGCGAAUCACGUUUCCAAUUCUUCAAGCAAGUCGUCGCAUUCCACCCAAUUCGCAAUACUCUUGCUGCACAAGAUUGGAAUAUCACAGCUGCCGGCUCUCACUUUGCAUUGGCGCUUUUCACAUUCUUAUAUGUUGAUAUCAUCGAUUGCACAGCUACAUUGUAUUCCAUGGCACGCUUUUCGGGAGCAGUUGAUCCAAAAACCGGCGAUUUCCCUCGAUCUACAAUAGCAUAUUGCACCGAUGCCAUGACAAUUUCCAUUGGCUCUUUAUUCGGAUGUUCGCCUGUAACUGCAUUUAUUGAGUCUGGUGCUGGUAUAACUGAGGGUGGUCGAACAGGCCUAACAGCCAUCACGACCGGUAUCUGCUUUUUGAUAUCCAUAUUUUUUGCUCCCAUAUUUGCAUCAAUCCCUCCAUGGGCCACUGGUUGUACUCUUAUCUUGGUGGGAUGCAUGAUGAUGCGUCAAGUUGUUUCAGUCAACUGGUCUUACAUUGGCGACGCUCUUCCAGCUUUUGUCACUAUCGUCUCAAUCCCCUAUACUUAUUCCGUCGCAUAUGGACUCAUUGCUGGUCUGAUGACUUAUACCGCUCUCAAUGGAUCCGUAUACCUAACUCAAAAGAUUUCCAUGGAUAGACUCGCUCCGCCGGAUGCUGACAAUGCGGAAUAUUGGACAUACAAACCUAGUGGUGGCACUGCACCAUGGUUUAUCAGAGUAGCUCAUCGAAAACUUUGGCAAAGAGGUGACAUGGAAAGCAUUGAUGGAAAUUCAGCUACCAUGGAGCAUGAGUUGGCUGAGAAAAGACACUCUGAGGUUAGAUCCUCGGACCUUUGAGGCUGUGAUCUCUUUGAUACUUGUACUCCAUACUUUCCAUUCAUGGUGAACUUUUGGUACGUUUUUACACAUCAAAUGUUGCUAAGAGAAUCGAAAGCAAGUUUCAUACUCGAUGUUCCAUUGAACGCUAUCUUUGCUGGUUGUAAAAUAUGGAUAACUGAUGAGCAAGUGUUAGCGUGUUUGAUUAGUAUUAGCUUCUAGGAAUAUAGAUGGAAUGUAUGAAUGAAUAACGGAUGGGAUGGAUGAACUAUAGAAGUAAUAUAAUAAAGAGGUUUGACAAAAAAUAGGAUAUGAAUCA